AUGGCUAAAUCAAAGGGGAAACGACUAACACUGACCCUAACUAUAGCAGCAACACUUGCCGGUCACUUCUUGGAGACAUGUUUUGCAUAUGUAAUUAAUCAGCGAGCUAGCUUGCGUCUAAGCCGCUACACCUUAAGAGGGCGGGAGCCAAGUACCGCCGUUCGAAUGUCAACUAGCCAAAAUGAGAAGGACCUAAAAAUCGUCCUAUACCCAGACCCGGUGCUUCGGAAGAAGUGCCACGAGGUGGUGCACUUUGACGAUAAUUUGAGGACCCUCGUAAGGAGCAUGUUCAACGUGAUGUAUGAAAGUAAAGGCAUGGGGUUAGCAGCUCCCCAAGUGAAUAUCAGCAUGAGGAUAAUCGUGUGGAAUGCACUUUAUGAAAAAAAAAAAAUGGAAAAUGAAAGAGUCUUCAUUAAUCCCAGCAUUGUGGAACCUAGUCUAAUUCGAUCCAAACUGGUCGAGGGGUGCUUGUCCUUUCCAGGCAUUGAAGGGAAGGUAGAUCGGCCAAGUGUUGUAUCGAUCAGUUACUACGACUUGGAUGGCAAUAAACAUUUGAAAAUUUUGAAGGGGAUCCAUGCGAGGAUAUUCCAGCAUGAGUACGACCACCUCGAUGGCAUUUUAUUCAUCGAUCGAUUUAGCCAGUCGGAGAAACAUAAAGUCCGAGCCAAGUUAAAUGAAAUGAUCCGCUCGUUUAGGAGUAACUGCGAGGGGGAGCCCGCCAUAUGA